AUGGAGACAGUGGAAAAGGAGUGCGGGGCCCUGGGUGGCCUUUUCCAAGCCAUCGUCAAUGACAUGAAGAGCUCCUACCCCAUCUGGGAAGAUUUCAACUCCAAGGCAACUAAGCUGCACUCCCAGCUCAGGACUACAGUGCUGGCAGCAGUCGCCUUCCUGGAUGCCUUCCAGAAAGUGGCAGACAUGGCCACCAACACACGAGGAGCCACAAGAGACAUCGGCUCGGCACUGACCCGGAUGUGCAUGCGGCACCGCAGCAUCGAGGCCAAGCUGAGGCAGUUCACCAACGCCCUGAUGGAGAGUCUCGUCAACCCCCUGCAGGACAGGAUUGAGGACUGGAAGAAAACGGCCAACCAACUGGACAAGGACCAUGCGAAAGAGUACAAGCGAGCCCGCCACGAGAUCAAGAAGAAAUCCUCUGACACGCUGAAGCUGCAGAAGAAGGCCCGCAAAGAGCUACUUGGGAAGGGGGACCUACAGCCCCAGCUGGACAGUGCUCUCCAAGACGUCAAUGACAUGUACCUCCUUAUGGAAGAGACUGAGAAGCAGGCUGUCCGCAAGGCCCUCAUUGAGGAGCGGGGCCGCUUCUGCACCUUCAUCACCUUCUUGCAGCCAGUGGUGACUGGAGAGAUCACCAUGCUGGGAGAGAUCACUCACCUGCAGGGCAUCAUGGAGGACCUGGUGGUGCUGACCGCAGAACCGCACAAACUGCCCCCUGCCAGCGAGCAGGUGAUCAAAGACCUGAAAGGCUCUGACUACAGCUGGUCCUACCAGACUCCUCCAUCCUCCCCCAGCAGCUCUGGCUCCCGCAAGUCCAGCAUGUGCAGCAGUGUUAACAGUACAAAGGGUGGUGCCGCUUGGUCCGGCGGGUCCCAAACAUACUCACCAGGUUCCACCUAUCGCUACCGCAGCCUGGCGCAGCCGGUUAACGCCAACACCCGCCUGUCCAGCGUCUCCUCCCAUGACUCUGGCUUCAUCUCCCAGGAUGCCACGUACUCCAAGCCGCCGUCGCCGAUGCCAUCUGACAUCACCAGUCAGAAGUCCUCCAGUUCCGCAUCCUCCGAGGCCUCGGAAACCUGCCAGUCAGUUAGUGAAUGCAGCUCCCCCACCUCGGAUUGGUCCAAGGCCAGUCCUUAUGACCAGCCGGUGGUCACCACCCUGCAGCGGAGGAAGGACCGCGUGGAGCAUCUGCGGGAGGCCGAGUUGGGCUCCGCCAGCAUGGGGUAUCCGGGAAUUAACCUGGAAGACGUGUCCAGGCCCAGGAUGUCCCCAGCUACCAUCGCUGCCAAGCAUGGCGAGGAGGUGUCCCCCGCUGCCAGCGACCUGGCCAUGGUGCUCACCCGUGGCCUGAGCCUCGAACACCAGAAGAGCAGCCGGGAUUCCCUGCAGUACUCCAGUGGCUACAGCACACAGACCACCACCCCGUCCUGCUCAGAAGACACGAUCCCGUCUCAAGGCUCGGAUUACGACUGCUACUCGGUGAACGGCGACGUGGAGUGCGACAGCCAGAGCGAGUUUGACAAAUCCUCCACCAUCCCGCGCAACAGCAACAUCGCCCAGAACUACCGCCGCAUGAUCCAGACCAAGCGCCCCGCCUCCACCGCCGGGCUGCCCACCGGGACCCCCCUGCCGGCCAGCGCCCCCCCUGGCGUGGCCACCAUCCGCCGCACGCCCUCCACCAAGCCCUCGGUGCGCCGCACCCUCUCCAACGCCGGGCCCAUCCCCAUCCGGCCCCCUAUCGUCCCAGUGAAGACCCCCACGGUGCCCGACUCCCCUGGCUACACUGGGCCCACCCGGGUGGGCAGUGAAGAGUGUGUGUUUUACGCCGAUGACGCCUCCCCAAACGCCAUGGACUUCGCCAAAGCCUCGCCCAAGAGGCUCAGCCUCCCCAACACGGCCUGGGGCAGCACCGCCAUGGAGAUCUCGGUGUACCCGGGGGCAGGGCAGCACCUCUCUGCCGAGGAAGAGGAGGACCAGCAGCUGGCCGCCAACCGGCACAGCCUGGUGGAGAAGAUUGGCGAGCUGGUGGCCAGUGCCCAUGCCCUGGGCGAGGGCCAAUUCCCCUUCCCCACCGCUCUCUCUGUCCCCGGCCCUGGAGAGGAGACGCCCACUCUGCCCCCCGCUGCCUCCAGCGAGCCCCCCGCUGAAGACAUGCUGGUAGCCAUCCGGCGCGGCGUGCGCCUGCGCAGGACCAUCACCAACGACAGAUCCGCCCCCCGGAUAUUGUGA